UGCAGGUACAUAUGUUGAUGCCGAUAACGGUCAUUUGACGCUGAGGACAGCGCCUGCUAAGGGGAGGAUGAUGUAGCCGGUCCACGAGUGUCCCAGUAACACGUUAACAGCAGCAAUAGCUAUUUCUGGCCACUACUUGCAGCACACUAUGAAACACUGCACACUCAUCCUUCAGGAUGUUCCGGAAAACUCUAUCGUUGGAAUCGAUAUGAAGUUUUGGACCAUCGGAAAAAACUUUCGGGGCAUCCGUGACAUACCACUUGGGUUUCACUAUGUAUAUUUCAGCGCCGUUAAUUCCGAUUGCCAAUCCGGACAGCGUAUGGGAUUUGGCCAAUGGUUUAAUCGGCCUGGCUUUACAGUCAAAAAGUGGAUUCCCGUCGAAGAGGAUUUUCUCGACGUGAGCUUGUCACCUGAAGAUACGCAAAGAUUAACUGAAAAUUACCAAGAAAUACGCUUGUAUCUGGGCCCAUACCCUAAAGAAAACCAUCGCGACUGGGUGGCGCUGACCAACCUGAUUGCUCCGCAUGAUGUGUGCAGACUUUUACCUGUGUGUGGCCGGGUAACUUCCUGCACCCAGUUCCAGUCGGAACCUUCUUCCAGUCAGCAACGUUUGGCAGCGAAAGCAAGUGAACCCCUGCCCACAUCCAUUGACAAUCCUGAGGACCGACUACCAAACCUUAGUGUUGUCCCCGGAACGGAGAUUCGAUUCAGUGAAAUCCCAAAAAGGCCUUUAUUUCCCAAGAAUUCUCUUCCUGUCGAAAUUACUGCACAUGGCAUCGACCAGACGUUCACUCUGAACUACGUGCUGGACUCCUUCAUAUCCCAACAUCAGCAACAACAGUCUGCGGCGAUAGACGCUGGUGACGCGGAGCAGAAGUCGAACUGGCGUUCAACAUUGUCGGUGCCGGAGCAAAUGCUACUCGCCGAACUUCAGUUUAGCUAUGUUGUGUUUCUCUUGAACCACGUCCUUGAAGGAUGGUAUCAGUGGCGCCGCAUUGUUCAGUUACUGGCCAGUUGUGAACAAGCCACUCAUGACCGACCUCAGCUAUAUCUCGGACUUAUCACCGUACUUUAUCAUCAACUGUGCAACGCGUCACAGUCCAAGGAAUUCUUGGACAGCCCUUCGGUGGAUCUGUCUACUGCAGAACUUGCGGAUUUGUUUUUCCUUGAAGCUGAGGAUCAAAACCGAUCAUGCGGCGGCCAACCCGCAUUUCUUCCGUCGGUGAUGCGGAGACUGUUGCGCAAUAUAUUGUGCUCUUCUACGAAUACAGCAGAGUCCUCAUCUCAUGCCAAAUUCUACGAGACGCUGGUUCAGCGUGCGGAAGGGUUUUGCCACAGUCUAGAGCAGAGAUUCCACUGGGGAUUAAAAUAUGAAGCUUUGCGUUUUGCAUCAGACGAAGAGGAUGUAACUGUCGAUCAAGUUGAUUGGGACGGUGAUGAGGCCCCUGUAAUAGUGUUGUAAUGCAGCAUUCUUAAACAUGUACAGCAGAAAGAACGUUUCCUCAGCCUCUAUAUACAAAGUUGCUUUCAUCAUUCUGUGAAUUUCUUUCGAAAUUUGGACUCCAAUCAUAUUGCAAAAAACAGGAUUUUUUUAAUUAUUCCCCUGCUUCCUUGUCCUAACAGUGCGGACUACGAAAUUCCGUGAUAGUUUAACAUAUUAACUCGCUCG